AUGUCUUUGGAUACCACUCAAACUAUUUCACGUUGCCAAUGGAUCAACAAAGAGCAGAUUACAGCUUUAUGGAAUUUUUCAAAUUCCUCUGCUGCUCAAGCCAACAAUGACACGAGCAAUUUACAAGAUAUGUUCAACUCAAAGCAAUCUAAAUUUAAUGAGCAACUCAAAGAUAUACCCUCAACAAACGCAUGCUCCAAGUUCUAUGUCCAUACGGAUGAUACUGAACAAGAAGAUGGCGACGAUGAAAGAGAAGAGGUUGAAGAAGAUUGCUACUCGACAACAUGGUCAUUUUCAUCUCUCGAGGAGGACGAUGACAUGGAGGAAGAGACUGAGCAAGAAUUACACUUUGUCAAGAAGAUGGAUGAUCACAACAAUCCAGUAUACACAACUACCGCGUCUACUGUGAAAAAGCCAAUUUCACUAUUAACACAAAUGUUAAACAGCAGCACAGCUCCUCCACCUCCAAUGCCAUCACAACACUCACAGCUUAUCGAUAAAAAGCCAUUAUUAAAGAGAUGUCAAUCCAAAUACCAAAGUUUAAGCUCUUGGUUUGCUACUUCGACGACCACUACAAAUUGA